CUCGAGACCAGCACCAGCACUCGCACCAUGCCCACGGACAACUUUGGCCAGUCGUACACGAUCAGCUCGAGCGGGACCAACUCGCAGGGCAACCACUACGAUUCGCGCGACUACGGCUCGUCGGCCUCGAGCCAGAACUCGUACCACUACUCGAACCAGGACGGCUCGUACGCCUACUCGAACAGCGACGGCUCAAAGUACUACAACUCGGGCGACGGCUACGCGUCGUACACCAAGUCGGACGGCAGCGGCUGGACCUCGUCGGGCAACUCGGGCAAGCACUACCGCGACGCGCCUGCGACGCCGGCCGACGACGAGUACGAGGUCUCGAGCGAGUCGGGUGCACUCGCGAGCGGCGAGCAUGUCGCCGAGGACGAAGCUGAGAGCGAGAGCGGGGGCGAGGCUCGUGCGCACGAGGAGAGCUCCGACGACCCCUCCACCCUCGCCAACGAGCUCGACGAGCUCAAUCUCGAGCCGGACGAGCACGAGUACGAGCACGAGCGCGAGCCUGUCGCGGCCGGCAGCGUCUACGGCGACUCGAGCGACGCCGACGAGGAGCGCGAGGAGGACGAGCAGGAGGUGUCGGCGGCGGCGGGAGGGUACGAGGAGGACGAGGAGGAGCGGCAGGAGAGCGGGGGUGCGAGCGGCGUGUACGCCGACGAGGACGACGAGUCGGACGGCGUCGUUGCGUCGACGAGCGAGGACAAGGACGAGGUCGAGGGGCAGCAGGAGCCGGUCGACGACGAGGACGAGGAGGGAGGGGCGCUUUCCGAGCCGGACCUCGACGAGGACGAGGACGAGCUGGACGACGAUGAGCUUUCGCCGGUCGAGGUGGACGACGUCGAGGACGAUGUCGAGGUGUCUGCCGAGGACGAGGAGGUCGAGGGCCAGCUCGAGGAGGAGGAGGAGGAGCUCUCGGUGUCGGACGCCGAGUUCGACGACGAGCUCGACGAGCUGGACGAGUUGGACGAGCUGGACGAGGGUGGGGACGAGGUCUACGACUCGGACUACUAG